AUGGAAACAUGCAACUUGAAACAAUGUUCUUCGAAAUCAUUUGAAAAUGUCGAUAAACAAAGUAGUACAUUUAUAUUUAAGCAAUUAUUAUUUGAAAGUCUAUAUCAUAUUUCGACAAAUGUUGAAAAAAGUGGUAUUGAUGAUAUGAUUUGUGCAUGUCGUGCCAAUAAAAACUACGUUAAUAAUCUUGAGCAACAGAAACUCAUUGACGAAUUUUUAUCAUCCUACAAACCUAUGGAUGCAAUCAAAUGGUAUAUAAAACCAGGUUGUUUUUUACAGGAGUCGAUGAAUGAAGCACUUCGUUCACAAGAUAUUGAUCAAAUUUUUAAAUUUCGACGUAUUAUUACCGAUAUUUACAAUCAACUCUCUGAGUUAAAAUCUGAAUUUUGUGAUCCUUUAGAGGUUUAUCGUGGACAAUUAAUGAAACGUUUUGCAGUACUAAUGCUAAAAAAAUGUUCUGGUGGACUUGUAUCAGUAAAUUCGUUUUUCUCAACGAGUGAAGACAAACACGUUGCUGAAAUGUUUUCUGGACUAGGGGCCGCUCGUCCGUUUUUAGAAUCCGUACUGUUUGAAAUAAUGAUUGAUACAACAAUUAAGGCAAAACCAUAUGCAAAUAUUAAAACAGAACAUAUUAAAUAUGAAAAAGAAGUACUGAUGUCUAUCGGCACCGUAUUCCGCAUACAUUCUGUUAAUUUUGAUCCAAAAUAUUAUUAUCAUGAAAUAUACGUUCCCAUGUGGAUUAUAAAAUUAUCGUUAAUAAAAGUUGAAACCGAAGAAAUACAAAGGUUUAUAAACUGUAUAAUAGAUCAGGAAAUAAAACCUUCUCAAAUACCACUUUCAAUUUUAGCCGACUAUUUGGCAGAUUUGGGACAGUUUGAUAAAGCAUUAAAAUAUCAUGAAAUACAAUUAAACGAGUUACCUUCACCACUUGAUCUUGCUAAUAAACAACAACAACAACUUGAUCUUUCUGAUAUAUAUGAUAGUAUGGGAAGUAUUUAUCGUGCCAAGAAAGAUUACAUUUUAGCAUUAAAAUACUUUACAAUAUGUAUUGAACAAAGAAAAUUAAUUUCACAUAAUCAUCCAAAACUUCGUGAAACAUAUCUACAAGUUGCAUUUCUCUGUAGAGAAAAUGCAGACUAUAAUGGGGCAUUAGAAUGGUAUAGUAAACUGCUUGAUAUGCAAGAAAAAGCGUUGAAUCCUGAUGAACUCUAUAUUAUGGAGACGUGUAUGCUUAUGGGACCAGUUCUUUGCGUACUAAAUCAUUUUCCAGAAUCCAUUAAGAAACUAGAGCAAGCUCUUCAAAUCGCAGAACGGGAAAAUAUGAGUCAUGAAAUUGCACGGGCAUAUUAUCAUAUGGGUGUGGUUUAUGACAAACAGAAUGAUCCUGUAAAAGCAUUCAUAAACUAUAAACAAGGGUAUAAAACUAUAAAAGGUUCAGUCAAUGGAACUAUAAAGGGUUCAUUCUAUGAAGAAUUUGCUAAACAAUGUGAAAAAGGUCUUAAAGCCACAGCCAAUAAAAUACAUGCUUAUGCGAGAAUUGAAUUGUGCGAGAAUCUGCAGUUUUUUGUAUUAUUUCUAAGAAAGAGACGACUUUUGGGUUAA